CAGAUUUCAUGGCGAUCGGGAGAGAGGGAAGACCACCGACGCACGCAAACUGUCCAGACACCUCAACACGACUGAAAGACAUUUCUUGGGUGAGAUCUGAACAGACGUGAGUCGCAGACAGAACAGACACUGAGUGGAUUCUCUUGCUGGUGUUGCUCAGUGGGUAGUAGUGGUUUCUCGUGCUGGUGUUCUGUUGAAGGGGCUCCUUAGUGCUCUGUGCUGUUGUUUUGCUGUGUCCUGGGUUAGGACUGCCAGCCUAUGGCUCUAAUGGACAAGCACAAAGUCAAGCGGCAGAGACUUGACCGCAUCUGUGAGGGCAUCCGCCCCCCCAUCCUGAACGGGCCCAUGCACCCUCGGCCCCUGGUGGCCCUGCUGGACGGGCGAGACUGCACCAUAGAGAUGCCCAUCCUGAAAGACGUGGCCACUGUGGCCUUCUGUGAUGCCCAGUCCACCCAGGAGAUCCAUGAGAAGGUGUUGAACGAGGCGGUGGGGGCUCUGCUUACCACACCAUCACUCUCUCUAGAGCGACCUGGACAAGUUCAAAGGCUCCGAGUCAUCGUCAGGAUCGGCAGCGGCUUUGACAACGUCGACAUCAAAGCCGCAGCUGAGCUUGGUGAGUCACGACGGAACGUGCCGGCAUCGUCGGUGGAGGAGACGGCCGACACAUCAUUAUGUCUGAUCCUAAACCUGUACCGUCGGGUCACCUGGAUGCAUCAGGCCCUGAGGGAGGGCACCAGGGCCUCCAGCGUGGAGCAGAUCAGGGAGGUAGCCGGCGACGCUGCCCGCAUCCGGGGGGAGACGCUGGGCAUCAUCGGCCUGGGUCGUGUGGGCCAGGCGGUGGCUCUGCGGGCCAAGGCGUUUGGUUUCGGGGUGAUCUUCUACGACCCCUACCUGCCUGAUGGUGUGGAGCGCUCCCUGGGUCUGCAGAGGAUGGCUACCCUCCAGGACCUGCUCAUCCACUCUGACUGUGUUUCUCUACACUGCAGCCUCAACGAACACAACCACCACCUCAUCAAUGACUUCACCAUCAAACAGAUGCGUCAGGGAGCGUUCCUGGUGAACUCUGCGCGGGGGGGUCUGGUGGAUGAGAAGGCUCUGGCUCAGGCCCUGAAGGAAGGACGUAUACGAGGAGCUGCGCUGGACGUCCACGAGACAGAGCCCUUCAGUUUCUCACAGGGCCCUCUGAAAGAUGCUCCCAACCUCAUCUGUACCCCCCACACCUCCUGGUAUAGUGAGCAGGCCUCCAUCGAGGCCAGAGAGGAGGCAGCCAGGGAGGUGCGCCGGGCCAUCACUGGUCGUAUUCCAGACAGUCUGAAGAACUGUGUGAAUAAGGAGUAUCUGAUGGCAGCGUCACAGUGGCCCAGUAUGGAGGUUGCGACAGUCCACCCCGAACUCAACAUAGCCUCAGCAUACAGGUUUCCUGCAGGUCUGAUCAGCGUGGCAGCAGGGGGUUUGACAGGGGCAGGUGCAGGGGUAGAGGCUCUGGCCCUGGCUCACGCCAUCACCCCUGUGUCCCAUCCCCCCCACGCCCCAUCGCCAGGGCAACCCAGCAAGGCUGAGGCAGACAGAGACAUCUCCUCUGACCAAUAGCACCCCAACAUUCCUUCAUCACCCCUGGAAACCAACAACCCACCCCCUCCCACCAUUUUCAUCAUUACCACCGACCUCAGGCAGAUUGACACUGGGGUUCCGGUUUGAUCCGGUUUCAGCUGGAUCCUUCAAAACACAGUACCAGUCCAGGAGUGACCCGCCCGUCCACAACAUGCCCCCUCUCCCCCUCCGGAAGCCCUUCCUCGGACCUCCCUCAACCCCUCCCCCUUACCUCCAUAUCCCUCCACACCAACACACCUUCAGCAAUAACUCUUCUCAAGGAUUCAAUCAUUGGAUUGGUAUAUUUCUUGAGUUGUAUUUUUUUGGGGGGGUGAAAGCAAAACAUUUUUUUGCUGUUGAUCUGUUAUGAUUGUAGGUGUUUUUGUUUUGAGUAGCAUUUCUGCAGUGAGGCUGGACUGUGAGGCUAGCUGUUUUGUCCCUGGUUGUUUUGAUCAGUGAGAGAGGAGUGAAGGUUUGGCCCAUCUCUCUCUCUCUGACAUCUCUCUCUCUCUGACAUCUCUCUCUCUCUGACAUCUCUCUCUCUCUCUGACAUCUC